AUGUCUUCCCUGAUAGACGCUAUCCCCUGGGAGGCGCUGAUCACCUGGUCAAGCCUCGCCGUGGGACUCACGGCGACCCUGAUAACCACUAUCGUGCGCCGUCGCUAUCUUUCUGCCAUAUCGAACAUUCCGGGCCCGUUUUGGGCCUCCCUCACUCGACUAUGGCAUGUCUGGAUCAUCCUCGAAGGAAGGCAGAACGAGCGUCUCGUGGCUCUCCACAAACGGUAUGGCCCGUUCGUUCGCAUCGCCCCGAACGAGGUCAGCGUUUGUCACCGAGAUGCCUCCACGUUCCUUUUGCGAGCCAAUCUACACAAGGGCGACUGGUACCACGUCACGGCAGUGCCCGACUUCCGCUUCCGGAACCCUAUGUCGACGACCGAUCCCCGGAAGAAGAAGGCGCUUUCGAAACACUUUGCCCCAGGGUACGCCCCGUCGAAGGUCUGGGGAUGGGAGUCCGACAUCAACAGAAACAUCGAGUGCUUGCUGUCUUGGAUAGACGCUUAUGCCGAGGACGAGAAGCCGAUGCACCUUGAUAAGUUCAUCACGUACACGACAUUCGACAACAUAGGCUCCGUCUUUUUCUCGGAGCCGUUUGGUUUCAUCAAAGCGGGCCGCGAUAUAGGCGGAACGUUGCGGAACAACGUCACGCUCAGCAAAUUCGCAGCCGCCGCUGGUUUCUUCCUCGUGCCCCUGCGCAUCCUUGUCAACCCGUUAACUAGUUGGAUGCUGCUGCUGCCGAUGGGCAGACUGUACAGGACCACGUCAGCGGCUUUGCGGAAGCGGAUGAGCAACCCCAGUGCCGGCGACGAUAUGCUCUCGCACUGGCUUCGCGCUUCCGAAGAAUCGGGGACACUGAGCGUACGGGAGAUCGAGGCGCAGGCGAAUAGCGUUGUGUAUCACAUGAUCAGGCAUCCCAAGGCUUGGUCGACGGCCCGCGACGAGAUCGAUGCCGCUCGUGCCCAAGGGCGCUGCCAACAUCGCGUUGUUUCGUCGCACGACGCCCAGAGCCUGCCUUAUGUACAAGCUUGCGUGAAGGAGUCGCUGCGCUUGUUUAGCCCAACGACCAUGGGAUUGCCUCUGCACUUAUCGACGGACAUCUGGGGAACUGAUGCUCACCAAUGGCACCCGGAACGCUGGAUGUCUGGCUAUACAAAGGAGUUGGAGAAAAACUGGUUGGUGGUCUCUAAAGUGGUAGCUUCUCUGAUCCACUGCUACGAUAUCCGUCAGGUGGAUCCGGACAGCGUGUGGAACUACCAGGCUAACUUCACCGCGCUGACGCACUCGUGGCCAGUCUAUGUGAAGAAGAGGAUGGAUUGA